AAAAAUUGCGUGCUUCUGUCUUUUUUUUUCUCUCUUAAAGGAGAAGCGACGCAAAGAAGCGCGGCCCGCUUUCGAGAACUGACGAAAAAAGAAAAUUGUUUGAUCCUGUAUCUUUAAGGAUGAAGAAAUCGGGAUUUUGAGGGUGUUGUUUUUUUUUUUUUUUUUCUCCCAAAUCAGCAAUUUGAAUAAAAUGCAAUUUAAUAAUAUAUAUUAAAAUAUAUCUAAUAUUUAUUUUUUUUUCAAAAAAAAAAAAAGGGCCCAGUUUAAUCGGAUCCCCAAACCCACCGCCUCUCCCAAAGCGCCCGUCCAGCAGCUCGCUUUUGCGGUAUCUUUUUUUAACGCAGUCCGAGGCGGGCGGUUAUGGAACCGGAGCCGAACCGGGGUGGAGGCACCAGCGGCGAGAAGACCGAGCCUCCAACUCCGCCCCAGCCGCCGCCGAACAACGAAGAAGCGGCAGCGGCAGCAGCAGCAGCAGCGUGCGGAGAUGCAACGGUGACCUCCGCGGCAGCUCUCAGCCCCGCCGCCCCGGGCAGAGUGCUCCGGGACCGGUCUGCAGGCCGAACCUUGACCGCGGCUGCAGCAGCGGCCCUGUCGGCCUCGGAGGUCCGGAGCCCCGGCGAGCAAACGCGGCCCGGUUCGGGGAGAGUACUGCGGGAGCGGACGGGCCGCGGCUCUGGGUUUGGAGGAGCCGGGGAUAGCAAGAGCCGCGCCUCCCCGGCCGGUGGACUCCAACCAGCGGCCGCAGCGAUAGGAGACGGCCCUGCCGCCCGCCGGAGGAAAGCGGAAUAUCCCCGCCGCAGGAGGAACGCCGGCGCCCGGGGAGAAAGCGCGGAGGAGGCGGUGGAUGACAGCGGCCUAACCGUAGAUUCCGAAGACACACAGAAUUCUACAGAGAAAGGAGACACCGCUGUCGUACCUGCAGGGCCCGCCGGCCCAAAAUCCCGCCCCACCAGGUCCCGAAGGGGCGGGCGAGUCUCCACCCCCCGCCAGCGGGCCCCUGCGGAGAACUCGAGGGCCACAAAGUCCCGCGGGGGCCCGGGACCACUGAUCUGCAAGGCAGAGCCAGAUACUGAGCAGAAGGAGUAUGGGGGUACCUCUGGGGUGCUCCAGUCUCUCCCUGGUGUGAGGAGAGGCAGGAGAAGGAAAGACGACAAGAGCCCUCGACUCCCGAAACGCAGGAAGAAGCCGCCUAUCCAGUAUGUGCGUUGUGAGAUGGAGGGGUGUGGGACAGUGCUGGCACACCCCCGUUACCUUCAGCAUCACAUCAAGUACCAGCACUUGCUGAAGAAGAAGUAUGUGUGUCCCCACCCGUCCUGCGGCCGGCUUUUCAGACUCCAGAAACAACUCCUGAGACACGCCAAGCACCACACAGAUCAGCGAGACUAUAUCUGUGAAUACUGCGCCCGGGCUUUCAAGAGCUCCCACAACCUGGCCGUGCACAGAAUGAUUCACACAGGAGAGAAGCCACUACAGUGUGAGAUCUGCGGCUUCACGUGCAGACAGAAGGCCUCUCUGAACUGGCACAUGAAGAAACACGAUGCCGAUGCCUCCUACCAGUUCUCCUGCAGCAUCUGCGGCAAACGCUUCGAGAAGAAGGACAGCGUGGUGGCGCACAAAGCCAAGAGUCACCCCGAGAUCCUGAUCGCCGAGGCCCUGGCCGCCAACGCAGGGGCCCUCAUCACCAGCACGGGGGCCCCCGGGGGGGAGGAGGAGGAGGGGGGCGGGGUGGUGCCGGGCCCCGAGGGGCUCCUGCUGUCCUGCGACCCCCUGGUGAUCUGCGCGGAGGAGAUGGGGCCCCCCAACGCCAGCCAGCUGGGAGUGGAGAGGCUGGUUAUGGACCCCCAAGCGUUGAGGUCGGACGCCCGGAUUUUGGGCUCCAGCGCCGGGCUGAUUGUGGACGCAGAGGCCCUGGGGGCUGCUACGGAGGUCCUGAUUGAGAAUUCGGGGCAGCACCUCCUGCCUUGAGGGGGGGUGGCAGGGGGGGGUCAUGAAGGAGCCGCUGAGGGAGGGAGGGAGGGGGGGCAGACAAGGGAGGGAAUUUUUUAAGGUUUGAUUUUGAAUUUAUUUUUAAAAACAUCACCACCACUAAAAAAUAAGGCGAUUCGACUGCCCCUCCCAAAUCUACACCCCAUCCACACCCCCACACCUCCCUUUUUUCAUUUGACUGUCGGAGAAAAACCAACCGUCUUUUUGACUGUUAUGUUGCUUUUUUGAAAAGCAGAAGAAGGAAACAUAGAAACACAUGAAGAUUAAUUUUGACUGGACGUUCUGGAGAAGAUUUCUUUAUUAUUAUUAUUAUUUUUAAAUAAAGAUAAUAAAUAAUAAUAAUUAAAAAAAUAUAUAUAGGCUUUAUCAACCCUCCUCCCCUAAAAAUGAGGGAACCCUCAUGGCUUGGGACUGGGGUUCAAGAGACUGGGUUUUGGGGCCACCCCGCGGCGCACCCCAGGCAGGGAGACUCGGGGUUUGAUACAAAACCUCAAACUAGGUCCCCUGCCGGGACGGGGGGGGGGGGGGGUCUCCUGGAACCAGAUUUCAAAACCGCAGCUCCUAAAAACGUGGCUUCAUAUUCCCUCUGCUUUAUUCAAUAGAGACAUCGACUGUGUAGAAAUUCUUCAUAACUUAAAAAAAAAAAAAAGUGUAAUUUAUUUUAUAUUCUCCGAGCGGCUUCCAAUUUUUAAUUUUUUUUUUAAUUUCUUUUCCAGAAAUAUUGUCAAGAGGGGAGCGAGGGUGAAUUACAACUUUUGUUUUGAAAAAACCCUGUUUAAAUAUGUAAAAAGUUCAACAGAUCUUAUUAAAAUAACCCUUAACGUUA